AGAAGCGUCUCGUCAUUCUAGCGGCAGACAGUUAAUGUGAAGAGUGUUUAUCAGCUCCAUACACACCUCUGAGACUGGAAGGGAGAAAAGGAAAAGGGAAUUUUUGACUCGCUGGUAUCAUUCAGUAUUUCUGCAUCCAGAAGUCCUGCUGCAAAGAGAGGUAAAUCAAGUAUCCGAGAUGACCAGAGAGAAGAGAGGAGAGGACAGAACAGAAGUGAAGAGUCAAACCAGAAGAUGAGGAAUAAAGAAGGCAGUCCUGCAAGGCACAAGCUCAAAGUAAAUUUAUAAUUACAGUUUGCUUCGAGCUUCAAGUUGUUUAAAGAAGUUGUGGUGGAGGAUUCAUCAUGAAGCACCUGUCCAUCUCUAAAUGGCUCAGUCAGCUGGGUCUGCCGCAGUACUGCCCACUGUUUGAUGAGGAAUAUGAUGGUGUCGAGGACCUUUUGCAUCUGACAGAGAUGGACCUGUUGGGGUUGGGGGUCCAUAGUAGACUUCAUCGCAUCCACAUCCUCUCAAGCAUCCAGGUUCUGCGGGAGAGGGAGACAAAAAGAGAACUGAGGAUGAUGGCAGAGGGGAGGUUUGCCAGUUUGCCCAGGAACAUGCACGUGGGCCGGCAUGGUCCUCUGGCAUCCUCUAUGGACCUGUUGAGUUCCAGCAUGGCAGAAGUCCCAACCACCAGUUAUCAGGGCAUUUCCAUCCAUGGAACCCUGCCCCGAAGAAAGAAGGGAAGUGGUGGCUUACCGUCUAGGCCUUGGGAGACAUGUGGGUCGCUGCCACACCCCACAUGCUACCGUCUACCCUCAUCACCGCUUAUACACAACAUUAUAGAGGAACACCAACCUCUUCGUUUACAGAGAGAGGAUUACACAGCACACAGGGACGCUGGCGGUAUGGACCCCACCAUGGAGUAUGUCAAGUUCUCCAGAGACAAGUACAUUAUAGAUGGAGCUCCAGAGAAGCUGCGCAGAGAGCUGGAGGAAGAGCUGAAACAGUGUGGCGAGGAGCCAAGAAGCCAUGCAUGGUACCACGGAGGCAUACCCAGACAGGUAGCGGAGAGCAUGGUCCAGCGAGAUGGUGACUUUCUAAUCCGUGAUUCACUCUCAAGUCCAGGCAACUAUGUCCUGACGUGCCAGUGGAAGAACAGUCCCCAGCACUUCAAAAUCAACAAGCGGGUGGUGGUGAUGAACGAAGCCUACUCACGUGUACAGUACCUGUUUGAGAAGGAAGGUUUUGACAGCAUCCCUGCUUUAGUAAGAUACUACGUGGGCAACCGUGAGCCGGUAUCUGAAGUAGUGGGAGCCAUCAUAUUCCAGCCCAUUAACAGGACAUUACCUUUAAGGUGCUUGGAGGAGAAGUAUGGAGUCGGAACUCUGCGUGCAGAGUCUGGCCACAGAGAGAGGAAGAACCAGAACUCCAAACGACUCAGCUUGAAUAUCAUGAACGGACAAGUUGCAGAUCACACCCUUGGUCGUGGGAAUCUCCUGAGCAACAGAGACAAGUGUGGGAGCCACCCGGCGUGUCUGAACCACAUUCAGGAGAGGAGACGGCCGCUGAAGACCCAUCAGUCGGAGAGCUUUCUUCCACUCGGAUCAAGACCGCAGGCCCAAACUCUCCAUAUGGAGGCGCAAUCGUGCCCCAGAUCUCCCGUGUUUAGAACAGGCAGCGAGCCAGUACUUAGCCCUACGGUUACUCGCCGGAUGCCCUAUGAGAUGCAGCCAGGCGAGGCAAUCCGAGGUUCCGACAGUCAGCUCUGUCCCAAACCACCCCCUAAACCAAACAAAGUGCCAUCUAUGAGGUUCCCUCAUUUACCUCUCGCCACUUCAGUACCUCCUGUUGUGCCCCAGAAGCAUUGCCCCUCUACACAGCAGUUAACCACACCUGGUAGCCCAGAGCUUAGCUAUUGCAGACUCAGCCCACAUAGUACUUUAAAUUCAGAGAUCAGCACCAGUAAUGGCUAUGUGGACAGGCUAAAAGUCGAAGAUAAUAAAACGAUAAGCGACAGAAGCAUGAAGCUGGAUCGCAGCUCAUAUCAUCACGCUAUCGCGGCCUUGGACAACAGCAGCGAUGAGGAAAAUGAAGAGCAGCAGCCAGGAAUCCGAAAGGGUGCUGACGUAAAGAAGGUUCUGGGAUGUCAGAAGCCUGUGUUUGAGAUUGUAUCGGCGUUCAGACCGGGAGAUUUGGAGUUUAGGCUCCUGCCAUCAGAAAAUAAACCACUGGAGAUGUCUGUGCUGAAGAAGGCCAAGGAACUGUUGGUCAGUAAGGACCCCAAGACCAUCGCCAAGCACAUCCUGCAAGCGGACUGUAAGGUUGCCAGGACCCUAAAUGUAUCAGAGGAAAUGAAAUAUCUAAUGGGUGUGACUUCUGGUCUUGAGCUAGUAACCCUUCCACAUGGAAAACAACUCCGUCAGGAUCUCAUGGAAAGGCAUAACACCAUGGCGAUUGGAGUUGCGGUGGACAUCCUGGGGUGUACAGGAAGCCUGGAAGAAAGAGCAGCCACAUUAAACCGUAUCAUUCUGGUCACUCUGGAACUGAAAGACUCCAUGGGAGACCUUUACGCCUUCUCGUCCAUAAUGAAAGCACUGGACAUGCCUCAGAUCACCAGACUGGAUCACACGUGGACAGCCUUACGAAGGAAUUACACACAGACGGCUAUACUUUAUGAAAAAUCUCUUAAACCAUUCUAUAAAGGCCUGUACGAAGGAAGCGCGGAAGUUCCACUGAGCAGCACCACCAUUCCACUGUUGAUACCUCUCCUCACCCUGAUGGAAAGACCCACAGUUACUUUUGAGGGCAUGGAGCUCUGGGAGAGCAGUGACGACGGAUGUGAGAUCAUGCUGCGCCAUCUAGAUGAGGCUCGAGCUGUUGCACGCAACGCUGAUACUUAUACCUACAACGCGCAACGUGUCCUACAAGACUUCAGUCCUGAUGAGGACAUGUUGGAGAUCCUAAAGACUGAUUUCCAGUUACGCCUGCUCUGGGGCAGCCGAGGGGCCGGCGUCAACCAGACAGAACGACACGACAAGUUCAAACUCAUCCUGACCGCACUGUCCAAAAAACUAGAACCUCCCGUCAAACACACAGAACUGUGAGAAAAGCAGACACAGGUCACUUUAAAGAGCUGCACAGAAAGACAUUGAAACUGCUGUACUCUGUACUGCUGUGUAUUUUUUACAAGUGCUGUGGUACAUUGGCUCUUUAAAAAACAAGCAUAUGCAAAAAGUUAUGAUAAACAGCAAAGAAGUUGAAGACUUCUGAAAUUUGGACUGUGAAGGAUCAGAUAUUUUUGAAAGAAAUGCAAAAUGAUGUGUAUGAGUAUUUCAUAUGAGGACAAUAACAGUCGUCUGGUUUAUGGUUCUAGAAUUGUAAGGUAAUAAGUGUGAAACUGUGUUGAAAUGAAAAGAUCCCACAUGGAAACUGGUGUACAUAGUUGUUAUUAAGGUAAGCAUGUGGAUGCUAAUCAUGUAAUAUAGUUUAUUCGUUAAUGUCAUUAAUGUGUAAAUAGUAAAACGAUUUUAAUAUCUUUAUAUGUUGCAAGAAAUGUACAGAUAAAUGUCUAAAUAAAAGAG